AUGGAGCCGUUGUACAUAGAAGAGUCAUCGCAGGAGACUACGGCCUCCUCCCCUCUUAAGUUGCACCCCUCAGGGCUCAUGUACGAAGAGCUGUCUUGCGACCCGGAAGCGGCUGCCUCACCCUCUAUCAACAACGAGGGCGCCGCCAACGAGGGCGCCGGCAACGAGGACACCGCCAACCUCAAGGACGCCGCCAGCGAGGCCCCCGCCACUGAGGCCCCCGGCGAGGAGGCGGCUGCCGCGGAAGAGGGGUGCAAGCCAACCCCACACCCGCUCUCUCUGCCCGACCUUCUAGAGGAGGGGGCGUGCGACGGGUUCGAGACACCCAAUGGGAGACGGAAGCGGGUAGCACACAAGCCCGUCGAGCCUCCCGGCUCCAUACCCAAUGUGGCAUCAUCUGUCACCAAGGACGGGGUCAAGCCAGCCAAAGUCUCGGUGUUCGAUCGCCUUGAGAAGCGGCCCGCUGCCGCCCAACAACGCCAUAAAGGGGAUGUAUUUUCCCGCCUUGGCGAGGGAAGGGGGCGAUUCAACCCCGUGCAGGAGGCAAUACCGAUGGCCCGCUACAACCCCCGCCCUGAGGCCCAGCCCCAGGCUGAACAUCAACCACAGCAGUGGAGCGGGCCCGCCAGCAGACCCAUAGGAACCACCCGCAUUGCCCUCCAAACCUUGUAAGUUUCCAAACAUCGCUAUGAUUGUGCGGUUACAGAAUGUAAAUUUAUGGUCUGAUUGUGCUAUUAUUGUUUCAGACGAUGAAGCAAUUGGCAGAA